GCUUUGUGCUGCCCUGCAUGGGAGACCUCCGAGCCUGGGCUCAGCUCUCUCCCCCUGAAAUUGCUUCCUGACUGCUGGGACGAGGUCUUGGAAGAGCUUCUGGAGAGUUACUGAAGGAGAAAAUAUUUAUCAGGAGUGAUUAAAGAAAAUGGAUCCAGACUUAAGUGCACUUACACAGUCCUCUACACUUGAUCGAUUCUUAACUGAGGAUGUCAUCACUAAAGGCCAGAAGAGGAAACUCAUAAAACAGACCUCAAGCAGCAACCCCAAACUGGAAGAAUUGAAACUGUUCUUGACUGGGUGGAUUAACAGAACUCUGAAAGACGAACACAUAGUAGUUAAAAGUCUGGAGGAAGACCUGUAUGAUGGGCUGGUACUUCAUCAUCUCCUGGAAAACUUAGGAUCUCUCAAGCUGGAUGUUGACAGGAUUGCAUUAACAGAAAAAAAACAACGACAGAAGCUCUCUGUGAUCCUGGAAGCUGUGGCCAAGUGUUUGAAACUGGAAGAAAGUCAGCUGAAAUGGAGUGUGGAAUCUAUCUUGGCAAAAGACUUACUGAGCACACUGCACCUUCUAGUUGCAAUAGCAAAACACUUCGAACCCACCCUGGCUCUGCCUCCAAACGUUCAAGUGGAGACAAUCACCAUCGAGAACAUCUCCGGAAAAUUUAAGACGUCAAAUGCUGUGGAAUGUAUCACAGAAAACAAAGAGAAUAUAGAAGCGCAGUCAAAAAAUGACGCCUUUGAUGAAUUAUUUAGCUGUGCUCCAGAUAAACUGGAUGCUGUAAAAAAGGCACUUUUACAAUUUGUUGACCAGCAUGUUGGAAAAUUAGGAUUAAAUGUGAAAGACAUUGAAUCUCAGUUUUCAGAUGGAGUUAUCUUACUUCUCUUAAUUGGACAACUAGAGGGUUACUUUCUGAAUUUAAGGACUUUCUUCCUGACUCCGGACAGCACCACGGAGAUGUUCCACAAUGUUAACCUGGCAUUGGAGUUGCUAGCAGAGGGAGGUCUUCUGAAUUUUCCUGUGAACUCUGAAGAUAUUGUGAACGGAGAUACGAAGGCUAUAAUGCGAGUUCUGUACUGCUUGUAUUCCAAAUACAAAACCAAAGAAGCAUGAAGAACAAGGCCAAGGGCUUGAGCUGCCUUUUUUUUUCCCCCUAGCAGGUCAUGGUGUGAAUUUUGGACUCUCUGUUUGCCACUGUUUCUGGGCAUACACUGGUGCUUGACACUUGCUGUAUUAACAUUCUACAGCAAAUAGGUUGUUCAUGCAAGGUUUCACAUACACAGUCUGAAUAACUAUAAAUGUGUGUCCACAGCUCAUGUACUGUGUAAUUCUAUGGCUGUAGCUCUUGUUUCAGAUCCUGCCUUCUGUUUUCUCUGAGCCCUGACAAUGCUGCAAAGAAAUUAAAUGUGUGUUUAUUCUGGGCUCUGCGUUCUUUUCUCCUGAAGGUGACUUUGAAAGUUAUUGCAUCCUCCCCAUUUCCUUGCUUCAGGAAGUCUUUUAGGAAACUAGAGAGGAGAAAGACCCACCAGAGUGGGAAGGCUGAGACACACCUGAAGUUCAAAACCUGCUUUAGAGAGGUGGCCAGUGCUAUCAGACAAGAGGAUAUGAAUUGGAUGCCAAAUGAAUAGGUAGCAAAAAUGAAAUCUGAACUUACCAGGUGUUUGAUAAACAUUUCAGUGCUCAUUCGCUCGAAUGGGGAAAAGGCACUUAGCACAAUAUACUGGUGUUAGACUGUUCAAGAACAGGGGGUUCUCCUGCACAGUUGUAGAAGGAUGCCCUUAUUUCCUUGCUAAGCCAGUGCCAAACUGCGUCCAGCUCCAAUUGCAGCCCUGACACAAACUCUGGCUAGCAGGGAUGCCAAUCUCUGCCAAGCAUGUUGUGAGAGGGAGUCACACAUCUUCACUUUGUCUGCAGUAAGAGGUAUGCAAUGCUGGCUGGGCUCUGCAGCUGGUGGAGGUAAAGGCCACUACAGGUGGGAGCAGUGAAUUCAGCUUCCCACCACCUCUGACAGCUGAGUCAUCUCCUCAGGCUCUCCUAGGUGAAUUUGUCCAGCCUCCAUCCCCAGCCUCCCAGCAGUUUCCUCUGGAUGCACCAAGGUAGCCACGAUUUAUUAACAGGCAGAACUCCUUUCAAAACCUCCAUCUACUCUCUUGACCUUAAACUUAUGUUGCAUGAAACUAGAGAUAUAAUUAGGAAAAAAAAAAGAUUCCGUUUUUUUCUUUUUUGCUUCCAUCUAAACUGAUUUAAUUUCCUGCCAUUGGUAACUCUGACAUUUGAUCUCUGGUCUGAUCCUCCAUCUGUGUGUUAACGGGAAACCAGAGCUCUCCGAGUGCGAGUGCUGACAUUUACAGAGGAGAAUUUGUUGUGUCUACCUCUGGAUCAUGCAGCCCAGGGAAGAUCCUUAGAUAGCAAUGCUGGUAAGUCUUUUGAAAAUGGUAAUAUUGCACAGCUGCUGGGGGACAGAGCUGUGCAAACUACCCCGAGACCAGUCCUUUCUGCACCGAGAAUUAGCUCGUGACAUUUUAACAGAGAAAAUACAAUGUGUGAUGCCAAUGAGCUACCAAAAUCACUUGAUUCCCCAGCAAAUGUUAGUUGUGUGUGCUGAUCUGGACAAUUUAAGUAAAGAACACUUGCUUCUUUCAUUUGCAAGUCCCCAUAGGCACCUUGCUUGAUUCCUUAAUUUCUUAAUGGGCUUCCAAGAAUCAACUGGGAGACCUUCUCAGAAUUUUAGGUUUCUGUAACACUGCACAAGAACAUGCAUUCAUUGUAGAAUGAAUUGCUAUUGAGCAGAUAAACCCAGGAUGUGGCUUGUGGAGAGCAGGGGUGAGGGGGCAGGAGGGGCUGGGCAGUGAUUUGGUAGCAGUGUGGCCUUUUCCUCCUGGGAAGCCAUCCUGAACCUCUUGCCCUGUGCUGAUGAUCAGAAUUCAGUUCCAAUAUGUGACUCCAGGCACAUGGCCUGGGCUAGGAAAAAAGACACCAGUGCUGGAGGGUUAGCUGCUGCUGCCCUGGUUCAGUGGUUAUUACUGCUCAAGGAAACUGCUGGACUUUUCUCUGUGUGCCCUGGGUUUUGUGUUCCACUUCUCUGGCAUAAAUAAAUCCAGUGCUUCUCAACAGGGAAGUCUAGAUCUUGCUAUUUAAUACAAGAAAGGGUUAUAUUCCCUUUUCAACACCAGCUUGCCUAAGCCUGUUAUAAAUAAGUCAUUCUUUUGAAAAUAUAGAGGGAAAAAGAUGGUUAAUGUGCUUGAAUCAAAAACAUGCUGAGACCAAAAAUUAACAUUUUAAUCUGCUUUUUAUGCUCAGAGCAAACUUAUAAUACACUUGAUGUGUCUGAACACUUCGAUAAAGAGUCUGUGUUUGAUUCCUAAAACAUGCUGUGGAAUUUUGCU